UUAGGAAAGCGAAUCCAGACAAAACGCCAGCCAGCCAGCCGCGCAAGACUCCGGUUUGUUGAUCGCCUCCUGCUUGUUUUCACCGUUUGCGGGAUUUGCAGACCGAGUUUCAUGCAUGUCCAGUGGGGGCAGGUUUAAUUUUGACGACGGAGGGUCCUACUGUGGAGGCUGGGAGGACGGCAAGGCGCACGGCCAUGGCGUCUGCACCGGCCCCAAGGGCCAAGGCGAAUACACCGGCUCGUGGAGCCACGGCUUCGAGGUGCUGGGCGUCUACACCUGGCCCAGCGGCAACACGUACCAGGGCACCUGGGCGCAGGGCAAGCGCCACGGCAUCGGCCUGGAGAGCAAGGGGAAGUGGGUGUACAAGGGCGAGUGGACGCACGGAUUUAAGGGGCGCUACGGGGUGCGGGAGUGCACGGGCAACGGGGCCAAGUACGAAGGGACCUGGAGCAACGGGCUGCAGGACGGAUACGGGACCGAGACCUACUCCGAUGGAGGGACGUACCAGGGCCAGUGGGUCGGCGGCAUGCGCCAGGGCUACGGCGUGCGGCAGAGCGUCCCCUACGGCAUGGCCGCGGUCAUCCGCUCGCCCCUGAGGACGUCCAUCAACUCUCUGCGCAGCGAGCACACCAACGGCACCGCGCUGCACCCCGACGCCUCCCCGGCGGUGGCCGGCAGCCCGGCCGUGUCGCGGGGCGGCUUCGUGCUCGUGGCCCACAGCGACUCUGAGGUCCUCAAGAGCAAGAAGAAGGGGCUGUUCCGGCGCUCGCUGCUCAGCGGGCUGAAGCUGCGCAAGUCGGAGUCCAAGAGCAGCCUGGCCAGCCAGCGCAGCAAGCAGAGCUCCUUCCGCAGCGAGGCCGGCAUGAGCACCGUGAGCUCCGCCGCCAGCGACAUCCACUCCACCAUCAGCCUGGGUGAGGCCGAGGCCGAGCUUGCCGUCGUGGAGGACGACGUCGACGCCACCACCACCGAGACCUACGUGGGCGAGUGGAAGAACGACAAGCGCUCGGGCUUCGGCGUGAGCCAGCGCUCGGACGGGCUCAAGUACGAGGGCGAGUGGGCCGGCAACAGGCGCCACGGCUACGGCUGCAUGACCUUCCCGGACGGCACCAAGGAGGAGGGCAAGUACAAGCAGAACAUCCUCGUGAGCGGCAAGCGCAAGAACCUCAUCCCGCUGCGGGCCAGCAAGAUCCGCGAGAAGGUGGACCGGGCCGUGGAGGCCGCCGAGCGGGCCGCCACCAUUGCCAAGCAGAAGGCCGAGAUCGCGGCUUCCAGGACCUCGCACUCGCGGGCCAAGGCCGAGGCGGCCCUCACGGCGGCCCAGAAGGCCCAGGAGGAGGCGCGGAUCGCCAGGAUCACUGCCAAAGAGUUCUCGCCGUCCUUCCAGCACCGGGAAAACGGGCUGGAGUACCAGAGACCGAAGCAUCAGCUUUCCUGCGAGGACAUCGAGGUGCUCUCCACGGGGACGCCCCUGCAGCAGGAGAGCCCCGAGCUGUACCGCAAAGGCACCACCCCUUCCGACCUGACCCCCGACGACAGCCCCCUGCAGAGCUUCCCCACCAGCCCCGCGGCCACGCCGCCGCCGGCCCCCGCCGCCAGGAACAAGGUGGCCCACUUCUCCCGGCAGGUGUCUGUGGACGAGGAGCACGGCGGGGACAUCCUGAUGCUGCUGGAGGCCCGGGCAGGGGACCACGCCCGCAACAGCUGGGGCGAGGAGAAGCCCGCGGGCCCCAGGGGCGUCCGCAGCGGCGCCCUGCGCAGCGGCCAGCCCGCGGAUGACUUCCACUCCCGGGGCUCGGGCCAUAGGCAGCCCGGGAACCCCAAGCCCCGGGAGCGGCGGACGGAGUCCUCCCCCUUGUUCUCCUGGACUUCCCCCCACCGGGCCAGCGGCCACAGCCCCGGGAGCGCCAAGCGGCUGCAGCUGGGCGAGGAGAAACGCAGCAACUACACCAUGGAGAUGCAGCCCCUGCGGAGGAUGGAUGCCUACGCGCAGGACGCGCACCCCCAGAAAAGACGCUACAGCAAGGGGGGUUCCGGCCGGGGCACGGGGGAGGACCACCGCACCGAGGACCGGGGCUUUGGGGUGCAGAGACUGAGGUCAAAGGCCCAGAAUAAGGAGAACUUCAGGCCGGCCCCCUCCGCGGAGCCCACGGUGCAGAAGCUGGAGAGCCUGCGGCUGGGCGGCAGGGCCGAGCCCCGGCUGCUGCGCUGGGACCUGACCUUCUCCCCGCCCCGCAAGUCCCUGCCUGUGGCCCUGGAGUCGGACGAGGAGAACGGGGACGAGCUCAAGGCCAGCACGGGCUCGGCGCCGAUCCUGGUCGUCAUGGUGAUCCUGCUGAACAUCGGAGUCGCCAUCUUGUUCAUUAACUUUUUCAUCUGA